AUGGCUGCUUUAUAUUCGCUCUCGGACAAUCCAGUCAUCGUUCUGCUGAUUCUGCUCGCCUAUCUUGUUCCCCUUGGACUGCUCGUAUUUCGCCUCUUCCUGUCGCCAUUGGCCAGACUCCCAGGGCCAUGGUUGACUCGCAUCAGCAGCAUUCCGGAGGCUAAUGCAUUGAGAGAUCAACGUCGAACAGCAUGGGUCAAUGAGCUGUUUGAGCAACAUCCUGGUGCGGUGGCUGUGCGGACAGCACCUUGGUCCGUGUCGUUCAACACCCCCGAGGCUGUCAAGGCAAUCUAUGGUCACGGCAAGGGUGCUGAUGAGUUCGGCAAGUCUUCAUGGUACGAUGCCUUCAGCACGACGGGCGAAUCUCUGUUUAGCACUCGAUCGAAGAAGAGACAUGCGGCAAAACGGCGCAUGGUAGCACAUGGAUUCAGUGCCCAGUCGUUGCUGUCAUUCGAGCCGUACGUAGACAAGACGCUGGACAGAUUCAUCCGACGUAUGGACAAAUUCGCUGCUUCUGGCCAUCCUUUCGACAUCUACUUCUGGUAUGAGCUCUUCACUAUGGACUUAAUGGGCGAACUCGCUCUAGGAAACAAUUUCGGUGUCCUUGUGGCCGGCAAGCCAGCUGGCUACUCGACCCUAGUAGAGCAGUCACAACGCUUUGCUAACACGUCUGGUCUUCUGCCAUUCGGCAAGUGGAAUGUCAAGAUACUCAGCUGGGUGCCGACGACAUACAUACAGAAUCUAUACAGAGCACGGCUCGAGUAUCUGGACUAUGCUAAGGUCGCACUAGAGCAGAGGUUCUCAGAUAAUGCAAAAAGCGAGAAGCGAAUCAGUGGCAAGCCCAGGCAGGAUAUCAUGCAACGGUUUAUUGACGGCCAAGACCCAGAAACAGGAGCAAAGAUGGGCUUCGAUGAGCUCAGAGCUGAGACAUCGUCCUUGAUGGUCGCCGGAGCAAGCACAGGCUCAGUAACCAUGAACUGGAUGACCUACUACCUCUGCAAGAACCCCGAAAUUAAGUCCCGUAUAAUCACACAGCUCGAAGAUAUGUUUCCCGAGAACAAGACAGGAGAUGAUUCGCUACCAUACACCCAGCUACAGCAUCUAAGUCUGCUCGAGCAUGCCGAGAUCGAAUCACUCCGUAUGCAUCCACCGAUCGGCUACGCAAUGCCACGAGACACACCACCCAAGGGUGCAAUAAUAAGUGGCAUCUAUAUACCCGGCGGCGUCUCUGUAGGCGUACCAGCUGCGACGAUAGGCCGGGACGCUACUGUAUACCCAGACCCCAACACCUGGAACCCAGAUCGUUGGUUCAAGGGCGAAGGCACAAAUUUAGCUCUGAUGAAAAAUUGUUUCCUGGGGUUCGGGUACGGCAGUCGCCAGUGUAUCGGUCGAGGAGUAGCGACGCAGUUCGUGAUGAAGAUGAUGGCCAGAGUCUUGUUGCGGUAUGACGUCCAAUUGGAGGAUCAGACUCUCAUGUUGAAGACUAAGGAGUUCACAAUCCUGAAGCCUGACAAGAAAUACAAUGUCAUCCUAAAGCGGCGGGAGGAUGUUCGACUGUGA